AUGCAAUUUCCUUUAAGUGACAAAUUGCAACAUAUAAUUACCAAAAAACAUAAUAGCUUUCAACUAUCAACCGAGAACUUUGAAAAGAACGUCAAAUUUGAUCUAACAAGAAGACGUUGGGAUAUUGUAUCUCGUAAAAUGCAUUUGAUUGUCCAAAAGAAGUGGAACACGGGCUACACAAUAGAUUUGAAGAGUGAUAAAGAAUUUGGCGCUUAAAGAUAACGUGGAUGCAACCCAGUCCUAAUUUCACUGUGUACUUCCAUACCUGAGAACUUUGCAGUUACAAGCGAAAUGGUUGAACCGUUUCUUGACGGGAAGUCACUCAGCAAAGCUAUUGAUAAAAAGGAGAUCUAUAUUAUUGAUCUGAAGGAUAUUGAAGUAAUAUCUGUACGAAGUGGUCGCACGAUGACAAGACCGAUAGCCCUUUUUCAUGAAAAGCCUAAUGGUGACCUGAUGCCAAUUGCUAUUAAGUUAUUUCAACAGCCUGCUGAAAACAAUCCAGUCUUUCUACCAAGCGAUCCUCCAUUAAAAUGGUUACUUGUCAAAAUGUAUUACAAUAACGCUGAUGUAGUCGUACAUCAAGCAUGCACUCAUUUAGGAUUUACUCACAUAUUUAUGGAAUCAGUUUGCAUUACAAUGCAUCGAGAACUCUCUCCUUCUCAUCCUUUGUUUAGGCUUAUGGCUCAUUUUAUAUACCUACUUGCAAUCAACUGUUUCUUCAUGUCACUUAGUUCCUUGCUAAGUUCCUCAUAUGCUAAAGACUACAUACAACAGCGUGGUGGCAAAAAGCUGACUGCGCGAAAUGGAUGGAUUGACUUAAUUCGCAGCUACAAGCCUGGUCAAACGUAUUUUUCGAUAAAAUGGUCGUUUUGCAGCAACUUUUAUAGAAUUUCGAAGCAACAUCAAUUGAACAACAGUCAGCAGCUGGAAAAAUGCGUGGGGCAAAUGGAAAAAAUGGAGACUGGACAGGGAUGGUGGUUGAAUUUGAAAGCAAGAGGGGUUGAUGAUACAGCGCAUCUCAGCAAGUACUAUUACCGGGAUGAUGCAUUACUCCUAAACGAGGCUAUAACCAAUUACGUCACUGAUGUUGUACAAGACAUAUAAGAUGAGCCACACAAACUCACUGCUGAUUACGAACUUCAAGAAUUUGCAAGAUUGUUAGUUGAUGAGAAAGAAGGUGCAGGAAUCAAGGGUGUGUUUGGCCAAGGAAAAUUUACAAAUGUAGAUGAUUUAAUCAAGUUUGUAUCCACUGUUAUUUUUCUCUCCUCUGCAGCUGUGAAUUUUACACAGUAUACGUUAAUCAAUCGAGAAAUUCGGCGGCUGCUCAAUAUUGCAAGAAGCACUACUAAACGCAGGGAAAUAGAUAACUUAAGUUUAACCUUCUUAACUGUCAUUUAUAAUGCAUCAAAUAACAGAGGCGAAGUCACAUGUUUUCAGUUGGGGGAUGGGAAAGAUUGUAAAUUCAUCGACCUUUCGUAUUUAGAAGAAAUCACAGAAAAAGACAUACUGAGCCACUUACCAGAGAAAUCAAUGAUUUUGGAUAUUAUGGUGGUUACCAAUCUUUAACAAGCAACCCGAAGAUUGGGCGAUUUCGAAAUACAGUACCAAUAUGAACCUAAUAAACUAAAAGCUGUUGCAAGAUUCCAGAAAUCUUUGAGAAGGAUAAGUAACACAAUAAAGGAACGAAAUGAAAAAAGAAAACGCCCUUAUGAUUGUCUGGAUCCUGACAGUGUACCAAAUGCAAUCAGCAUUUAAAGACAAAUUGGUCCUCACAUCAUUCUCUGAGCGGCUAGAUAGACACACCCAAACCACCCUAAAUUUAAGAAACAUUUGAAACCAGAAAAAGUCGAUAAUUUUUUUGUUAGAAGCUUAACAGAGAACACCAGAAGAUUUGUUUCAAUACACCUUUCCCGAAUUUAAAUUAUCGAUUACAUCAUCGGCAUGAAAACGAGGCACUUCUUUGUAAACACUAA